AAGAACGGAUUAAAUGAUAUUGUUGCAAUUCUAAAUCAUACGGUCGAAAAGCCCCUUAAAUGUGCGUUACCACUUGGUCCAACUAAUGGAUUUUAUCUCUAUAAAUGUAAUACUUCUAUAACAUCGAAAUGCAUUUGGGGAG